CUUAAAUGAACGAAAAUGCUAUCCAUAGAUAAACUAAUAACUUUUUUGAAUUAUACUUUCAGUUUUAGGUAAAACCUUAGAUGUUCUCUUGUUUCUUUUCUUUAUAUAUUAAUUAAUCUACUUUUGCAACAAGCAUUCUCUUCCCAUUCCAACAACUACAUUCCAACUCAAUUAAAUAAUAAUCCACAUUUUUCAAAGAAAAAUGAACGUUGCUAAAAUAAGAAGAUUUAGAGUUCUACCAAGUUCAAUAGCAUUGGCACUUCUAAUUGUGCUAUUCUACUACAAGUUCUUCUAUGUUUCCGAGGUAGGAGGAAUUAAAGUUUAUAAUCAAUUUGAAAAGCUAGAUACCCAGCAAGUUGAACAAUUCGUUGACGAUGACAAAGAACAGCAAAAAUUUGAUAAAGAAGUUUCAAAUCUCUUUUCAAGUGUUAGGUCGAAAGUACCACGUCAUUUAUAUGAUUUCUCGAAUAUCGAGAAGUAUACAGAUAUAAACAUUGAUGAAGAUAAAGUUGAUAGAUUAAAGGGUUUAUAUCACUUCAAUCCUAUGCUCACAUUUGGUCAGAUAUUCAAAUAUUUAAAUGAUCAGUCCGAGAAAGGUAAGCAAUUGAAUUACUUGCCGUUCUUCCAUUGGAAUGAUUAUGUUGAUUUGUCAGUAUUGAAUAAGAAUCUAAUUCGUAAUGAUGUUGAUAGUAAGUAUUUAAGAUCUUGUGACCAAUUUGAUCAAACUGCCAGAGCCCCAGUCUUGACUACUGACGGAGAUGAUAACCAUUUCAAACAUCAUCAAUACUGUUUUGAUCACGACCAAAUUGACACUUUAAAGGUCAUCCCAGAGAAUGUAAAGAACCAUAUUAAGAGUAAUUCGAAAUUACCCUUUCAUAUAGUGACAUAUUUUGGUCGCCAAACCAAAAGACUUAGUGUGCUUUUGAAUCGUGCUUAUCUUGCUGAAUUUAUGCCUUUGCCUUAUACCUUGACAAUGCUCUUACCACAGGAUAAAAUGCACCAGUUGAAUAUCAAACAGGAUUUUGAAAAGUCAAACAAGAAAUUAGUUGAUUCAGAUAUAUUUACCAGACAAAUAAAUCUUCCUCAUCAAAUGAGCAAAUUUUUAGUUGAUAAAAAGGAUUCAUUACCACGCCAUUAUGUUGAUCAAGAUAAUGAUCACUUCCAUGAAUUGUUAGUCCAUGAUUUUAAAGAAUCAAAUAUUACCAAUGUUGAUUUUAAUAUAGAAGACGAAGCAAUUCCAUUCACAUCACGUAGGUUUUUUGAAUCCAUAAGUUCAAAAGUCAACCAAGAUGUUCCAUACUUUAGAAACCCUGAAUUUAUCUCUAGUGAACAAUUUAAAGAUGUCACUCAUAACUAUGAUUGGAGAUUUUUCUCUGAAAUUAGAUUUCAUGAAGUAGAUAAACUUAGAGACACUUCUUUACAUGGCUUAGUUAAAGCAUGGUUAAAAUUGACCAAACGGGCUGGAAUUAAUACUUGGAUGGAUCAAGUGUCGCUUCUCAGUUGGUAUUGGUCUGGUGCUGAAUUCCCCUGGAAGUUAACUAAUAGAUUUGGAAUUCCACUUCAAGAUUUGUUCCGUUUAGCAGAGAACUAUAAUCAAUCAUUGAUUGUUGACUUCGGUGAUAGUGUAGAAGAAUUAAGAUACGGUAGGUACUUUCUUGAUAUUUCAAACUCCAUUCUAGAUCGUUCCAGACCCAGAUUUGCGAAGUAUGAGGCCAGAUUAAUUGAUGUUGAUACAGGACUUUUUAUUGAAAUCUUUGGAUAUUCAUCUAUUCCUGGAAAUGAAAUUAGCUUACGAAACAGAAACAAUGAUGUCAUAAGCUACCACGAUUUAAAUCCGUUAAGGUUGACUUUAUUCCAUGGAGAAAUAGCCUACGUUCCUUUCAAUUUUAACAAAGUAUUGAGGUUAAUGUAUGGCCAGCAAGCUCUUUCAGAUAGUGACUACAAGUCGUACCACUAUAUUAAAAAGGUUAGAUCUUGGGUUAGUGAACCGUUAUUAAGAAAAAUGAUUGCUGAUUAUUUUAAAGAUGAUCAGAAGACAACUGCUGCAUUAGAUCAGUUUAAACUACAUCACCAAUUUCCUUUCGAAGCAGGAGCACUAGAGCAUCAUAAUGACUUACUAAUUACCUACAUUUUAAAUCGAAAAUUACUUGAUUUACAUAAUCAACAAUUGCUUAAUCCAGAUGAUCCAAGAUUGUUUUUUGAAUUACAAAGUUCUGAAGAUUCGUCUAGAAUUUCAAGAUUGAAGAAGUCUCUCACGAGAUAUUUACAGCCAGAUCAAUUUAUUCUUAAGGCUCAGGUUGAACGUUAUUCUCUUAAUGAAAGACUUCAACGUAUGGGUACUCUAUAAUUUGAAAAAUCGUUCAUCUAAUUAAUUUAUACCUUAUUUAUAAAUAUGGUCUUUUUUACAGCUCUUAUAAGAGGCUUAAACUUGGCUCUUUUACUUUCAUGAUUAUUUAUUUAUAUGUCUCUUAUAUAUGACAACUAACGAAAUUAACCUUAUAUAUAUUUUCUUCUCAAUUUUGUACAUUUUUUUUUAUUUUUUACCAGAACAUAGUACGAAUAUUUUUUAGCCCCCUUAAUUAUUUAUCAUUUUAAAAUUUUCAGGAUUUUAUUUGCAUCUCACAAUUAUCAAAUAGAA